AUAAAAACUUCAAAUAGACUAAACGAAUGUUAUCUGCGGCCCUAAGAUAGCCGCAGAGAUAAAGCGCGAUGGAGCGCCUCGAGGCAGUCAGUCACAUCUCGCAAUAUGGCCAAGACGCAGCGCCUCAAGAGUUUCUGCUUGCAGCUGCGCUUCAAGUCGACGCAGCUGUUCAUUUUGGCCGGAGCAGUGCUGCUGGCGCUGCUGGUGUCGGUGCUCUGCAUUGGGUUCACUAUUCGCUUCGAGGUGCAGCACGAGGUGGCCAACGUGGCCGACGUGGACUACUGGAAGGACUGGGUGGCCAUCGAGCAGAAACUGUGGUACGACAGGGGCAUCGAGGAGCUGAAGCGGGCGAUGCGCGUGCACUCCAGGCAGCGCCAGCCGCGCCAGGUGCUCCUGCUCAUGGUGCACGGCAUCGAUGCACCUGCACUGGCCUCAGCGCGCUUCGUCGGCAACGAUGGCAACACCAGCUCCGACUUCAUCUGGGAUCGGUUUUCGCAUGCGGCGCGGCUGAAGAACAGCUGCAGCUACAGCUCGCCCUGUGAUGCGGCGGCUGCCUUUCGCUCACUCUGGUCGGGCGUGCCUCUGUCAGCGGUGCAGCGACUGCGGAGCAACUGCAGCAGCAGCAGCAGCAGCGGAGAGUCGGAGCUGCUGAGCGUGCUGCGGCAGGCGCAGCUGGCGGGUUUUCGCACAGGAUUCGUGACCAAUCAACGCUUGACGGGCGCCCUGGGCUCUGCGCUCUAUGCGCAGGUGACGCCGAGCGGCUGGGAAUGCGAUGGCCUGAUGCCAGUGGGUGCCAUCGAGGCGGGCUGCCAGGAUGUGGCCCAGCAGCUCAUCUCAAGCGCAGCGGGGCAGUCUUUCAAUGUGCUGCUGGGCGGCGGGCGGCAGCUCUUCAAUGCCAAGGUGCCCAGCUACGAGUGGGAUCCAGUGGAUGAGCUGCUGUGCCGCGCCAGAGCCGGACGCAAUCUCUUGCGCGACUGGCAGACUCAGAAGCUGAAGCUCAGGCCCAGCAGACGCUUCGAGCUGCUGCAGCAAGCACAUGAGCUGAGCUCCAUCAAUGGCAGCAGCUUGGACUAUCUGCUGGGCGUCCUGGCCAAUGGAGAUCUGAGCGGCAACGCCCAGGCGCCCACGCUACAGCUGAUGCUGCACAAGGCGCUGCAGGUGCUGCAGCGACCAGGCGUGGGCCAUCUGCUGCUCGUCGAGCACUAUGUCCAGCCGCAGCUGGGGGUCAGCGAGCAGCUGCAGCUGCUCAAUGCAACACUGUCGGAGGUGUUGGGCCACAAGGAUCGGGAUCAGCUCACGCUGGUGCUGCUGACCAAUGGCAACUACCUCAGCGCCAGUCGCGAUGUGAGCGAGGAGACGCAGCUGGUGAGCACGCUGGAGGAGGCAUUCCAGGGGCCAGAGCUGGAGCUGCAGCGGCGACUGCAGCAGAUGCCAUCGGAGAGUUUGCUCUUUGCACAGGGUCCCAAGUCCGUGCUCUUCUAUGGCGUGCAUGAUGAAACCUAUCUGGCUCAGACCUUGUCCCACGCUCUGGGCAUCGAUGUGUUCGGCAGGCAGCUCUGAAGCUAUUUAUGGCAGAUAAG